UUUUUUUUUUUUUUUUUUUGGACCAUCAUUCCUGAGUUAUUAGUAUGACUGAGUGAUGGUUUGUAUAAGCCUGUAAAAUAACAAUGCGUCAUCCUUUGGGGAUCAGAAAUAUUUAGCACCUGUGCGUCACUUACGUAUGGCUUACCUUUUAAGUACACACGGACUUUGAUCAGAAAAGCUAACCAAUAGGCUAUAUGGGGAAUUAAGGAAAUUAAUAUGGGAACCGCAGGCUUAUCAUUCUGUGGUGUUUUAUUAUAUCCAUUAUGUUAUUAAAUAAAUCUCUGCGUCUUGAUCCCGCGAAAGGGGACAUUUCUCUGAAAAUCUAAAAGAAUUCAACUUCGAAGUCAACUUUCGGGACAUAAACGUGAUUGUCUGCCCCCUUUGAUUUUGAAUCUAAGCGGGUUUGCGCUCAUUUUCCUGGUGACUGUCAUUGGCUGAGGGCGCGGGACGAAUCCUCCCUUCCCUGAACGCGUCGGUGCAGUUUGAGCGCGGAGCCCCAUCAGCCCUGGACCACAUCUCCAGGUCUGGACGCGGGCCAAGCCUGUCUGGUGUCAAACCAGCCUGAACAGAUACUCUCAGACAUCUCAUUUCUUCACCUCAUUCCUGAGACGGGACUCUGCCCACCCCUUGUGUAAAGCAAUUUAAACCUGAUAGCACAUCAUCUGCCUAUCUCCACUGAGGAUCUCUGCUGGACUAUCAGACAGUCGCUCUUCACUUUUUUUUUUUCUCCCCCCUCCUCAUAAGCACUUUGCCACCGCGCAGCAGAGUCUGAGCCGGCCAUGGCUUUUACGCGCAAAACUUCCGUCCACCAAUUCUCCUCUGAUCCAUUUUUAAUCCAAGCUUGAUCUGCAGAUUUGUACAAGUUCUGACUUCUUCUCUUGUGUUUUCAUAUUUUUCUCUCGUCCGUGGAAAUGCUCCGUCCAGAUCCAUAAAGGACCAAAGAUUGGUUAAUAUGAACUUAUUGCCAAGUGGAAUAUGUUUUUAUUUAUCUGUAGCAAUCUGCUGGCUGACGGCCGAGGUCGAUGCGUCCUGGUGGUACAUGGGCACCCUGGGCUCCCAGGUGAUGUGCGACAACAUCCCUGGUCUGGUGAACAAGCAGCGCCAGCUGUGCCGCCAGCACCCCAGAGUGAUGCAGGCCAUCGGGGCCGGGAUGAAGGACUGGAUCUCAGAGUGCCAGCAUCAGUUCCGCAGCCACCGCUGGAACUGCAACACCACGGCCAGGGACCACAACCUGUUCGGACGCCUGCUGCUACGCAGCAGCCGCGAGGUGGCCUUCGUCUACGCCAUCUCCUCAGCCGGCGUGGUUUACACGUUGGCGCGAGCCUGCAGCCAAGGCGAGCUGGACUCCUGCUCCUGCGAUCCCACUAAGAAGGGCUCGUCGCGGGACGCCAUGGGCUCCUUCGACUGGGGCGGCUGCAGCGACCACGUGGAGCACGCCAUGCGCUUCAGCCAGGCCUUCGUGGACGCCAAGGAGAGGAAGGAGAGGGACGCCCGCGCACUCAUGAACCUGCACAACAAUCGAGCCGGCAGGAAGGCAGUGAAGCGCUUCAUGACCCUGGAGUGUAAGUGUCACGGCGUCAGCGGCUCGUGCAGCGUUCGGACCUGCUGGUUGGCCAUGGCCGACUUCCGGCGCACCGGCGACCACCUGCGGAAGCGCUACAACGGCGCGGUGCAGGUCGCCGUUAACCAGUACGGCACCGGGUUCACUGCCGCGCACGCACACUUCAAACGACCCAGCAAGAACGACCUGGUGUACUUUGAGGACUCGCCAGACUACUGCAUACGGGACCAUGAGUCAGGCUCGAUGGGGACGGGGGGCCGGGUUUGUAACCGGACGUCCCGCGGCGUGGACGGCUGCGAGGUGAUGUGCUGCGGUCGAGGGUAUGACACGUCGCGGGUCAGCCGCACCACCAAGUGCGAGUGCAAGUUCCACUGGUGCUGCGCCGUGCACUGCCGCGACUGCCACCAGCAGGUCGACGUCCACACCUGCAAGGGCCAGACGUGACCUCGCCGCCGCCGCCGCCAAACACUACUGACCACUACUAAACCAGCAGUCACACUGGCUCCCAUUACCACCGCUCUCCUGCUGGGCUGCAGACCCUCCCUCUGUCGUCACAUUACAGGCGACACUCACAGGAUAUUUUUGUCAAUCACACAGUAGGUAUGUGGCUUCUCCGUGGAGGUCUGGCUCUGCAGGUGACUCCUCUUCACUCACGCCGUCUUUAGCUUCCAGAUGAUCAGUAGAAGCUUCAUCCACCGGUUCACUAGUGAGCUGUGCAUUUAUUUUAAAGUAUAUCAAUAGAUAAAAACUCCUUCACACUGAAACCUGGUUUCUAAAAAGCUAAAAUUCCUGUCCUGUGUCAUCUAGCGACGCAGCAAAUCCUCUAUCCUCUCAUUGUAUUUAUUUACUCUCAAGUCCGUAAAAAGUGUCUGAGGUUUAUUUGUGUUGUGUCUAGAACGAUCCGUGACACAGGACGACCAGAGUCUGUGAGCUGAUAAAAAUCUGAACUCCUCAGAAUAUCUCGCUCAUCCUGCGUCCAGGUUUAAACACGAGAGUCUGAAUUAGUCUGGAGUGUGGACACAGCUUGUUUAUAGUCAGAUCAGACAGGGCUUUGUUUGUGAUUAUGUAAAUAUGUGCUUGUGUAAAUUAAAAAUCAGAUAUAUAGUGAAUGGAAGCAUUAACUGUCAGACUCCACUCCUCCUGCAACAAAACGAGUCCGUUUUGUUUUGUUUUUGUUCGUUCAGCAGCUUCAAAGUGACGCAUUAAAAGAAAAAUUCUGCUGGUUUCUUGCAACUCUUUGAUGAUGAU